ACUGACUCUUCUCCCCCUCCGUCUUCCGUCUUCCUCCUCCUCCCGUCACCUCACCUCGCCACCAAAUUAAAAUUAAACAACGCCACGCCGGAGGGAGCGGAGAGGGGGAACAAAAAUCUGGCCUUUGGCCUCCGGGAGAGCAGAUUCCGCAAGCUCCGCCGCCGCCGCAAGCUGCUUCGCGCCGCUCCGGCGGUCCCCCGCCCGCUCGCCGUCGCCGCGCCACCAGGGCCAGGGUUUCCUGCUCGGCUCCGAGCAAGCCAGGCGCCAUUCCCCUCCCCCUUGGGCUCCGCUGCCGGAUCCAACUCCUCAACCACCACACGACAGCGCAGAUUCUGAAGGUGGUCGGUCCGUCAGUUGGCGCAAUGGGCGUAGUCGAGGAGGAGCAACCGGACGUCAGCGGCGGAAAGCCUGAUGCCGCCAAGCCGCCGCCUCCGGAAAGCGAUGAGCGAAAACCAAGCAACCCCCGCGUGUCGACCUGCAGCACGGACAAGGACGACGGCCUCGCUCUCUGCCGGGUGUGCCACUGCGUGGAGCCUGACCUCAGAGGCGAGUCCGCUCUCGGUUUCCUAGGCAUCGUGCCGCCUUCCCCUGAUCCAUCCAUCCUGAAGACUGACAAGGACCCAAGCAAUGGCGCCACCAAGACUUCCAUCAGCAAGAAUGGCUCUGAUGUUCCCAAGUUUGUUGAGUUCAUAAGCCCCGAGGGGGAGAUCUUCAAGUGCGCCACCGACAUCGAAUCCGGCCCUUUGCACCCGCAAGACGACAUCGUGACCCUAGGGUGCUCCUGCAAGAACGAGCUCGCGCUCGCGCACUACGCGUGCGCGCUCAAGUGGUUCAUCAGCCACGGGUCAACCGUGUGCGAGAUAUGCGGGAGCGCUGCCACCAACGUGCGGCCCGGGGAUUUCAACACGGUGCUCGCGUCACUAAAGGACUACGAGGCCCUGAGGGAGAGGACGUCCACCGGGGACCUCUCCUACUUGCACUACCGGGCGGAGGCGUCCGUCGACCCGGUCGCCCUCGCGGCGGUACGGAGGCAGCGGCUCUGCGAGAUAUCCUCAUGGUUCAACCCUCACAACACGCACUUCGUGUUCUCUCAGAGCCAGAGGCACAGCAGCAACAACGAAGAGGUGCCUGUUAGCCCGAGUAAUAACUCUGCAGACUAUAGUGUUUCGGCUUGGGGGCCAUCACACGGGGGUUCAAGUGUCGGGAGUACCGGAGCUUUCGUCGCCAUCGCCCUAGCUUUUGGUAUUCUUGCAUGGUUUGUUGCUCCACAUGUUGGCAAGAGAGCGGCUGCGAUCAUUCUUCACAUGCUUCUGGGAGGCCUAUGCUCGUUGACUAUAAUAAUCUCGCUGAGAUUUGUAAGUAAACUAGGAUGCUUAACAUAUAUGGUCUUCCCGAGAAUCCAGUUUGGGUCGAUGCGGUACUGGGGGAUCCUGUUCGUGUCCUGGUUCCUUGUGUUUGGAGUGUGGGCGUCGCGAACCCGCUCCAUCCGCCGCGCUUCAUGAUUACAUCGAGUGUGCCCUCAGUCAGCCGUUAUGAGGAUUUAGGACCGCGGCGUCGCAAAGGGUAGCGUCCACGGCAGCGUUAGGUAUUGUCCUCCUUGUCUAUAUCCGCCGCUAUAUCAGGGGUGCGUUUCUUUUGUAGCUGUUUGUUUUCAGAUGUAUAUGUUGGGCCGAGAAAACAAGGAAAAUUUCUGGUGGUCUGCUACUCGUUUGAGAUGCAGAUAGACUGCUGCUAGUUAAUCGGCAUUGUGGAUAUGGGAAAUGAUAUGUUGUUAUAUAUUUUUCUUUUGCUAA